AUGGAGCCACAAAAUCUAACAGGUGUCUCAGAAUUUAUUCUGCUGGGUGUUUCUGAGGAUCCAGAACUUCAGUCUCUGCUCUUUGGGUUGUUCCUGUCCAUGUACCUGAUCACUGUUUCUGGGAACCUGCUCAUCCUCCUGGCUGUCAGCUCAGAUCCCCACCUCCACACACCCAUGUACUUCUUCCUCUCCAACCUGUCCUUGGCUGACAUUGGUUUCGUCUCCACCACCGUCCCAAAGAUGCUGGUGAACAUACAGACACAGAGCAAAUCCAUCACUUAUGUGGACUGCCUAACACAAAUGUCCUUCAUUUUUUUCUUUGGGUGUCUGGACUGUCUGUUCCUCACUGUGAUGGCCUAUGACCGACUUGUGGCCAUCUGCUACCCUCUGCACUACACAGUUAUCAUGAACCCCCGCCUCUGUGGCUUGCUGGUUUUGGUAUCUAUUUGCAUUUGCCUCUUCUACUCCCAGGUGCCGAUUUCAUUGUUGUCACAGGUUACAUUCUGCACUGAUGUGGAAAUCCCGAGUUUCUUCUGUGACCUUCCUCAACUCUUUAACCUGGCCUGUUCUGACACCUCCACCAAUAUCAUAGUACUCUAUUGUAUCUGUUCCAUCUUUGGUGGUGUCCCAGCCUCAGGGAUCAUUUACUCUUAUAUGAGAAUUGUCUCCUCUAUUCUGAGAGUCUCAACUUCAGGUGGGAAAUAUAAAGCCUUUUCCACCUGUGGCUCUCACCUGUCUGUUGUUUGCUUAUUUUAUGGAACAGGCUUUGGAGUGUACCUCAGUUCAACUGUCUCUUCUUUUGCAAAGAAGAGUGUAGUGGCUUCAGUGCUGUACACCGUGGUCACCCCCAUGCUGAACCCCUUCAUCUACAGCCUGAGGAACAAGGACAUCAAGAAAGCUAUUUGGAGGUUUCUCUGCAGUAGAGCCAAAUCUUAA